AUGAAGGCGAUCAAGUGCAUGAACAAAGAAAUCAUGCAUGCCAUGCUCAUGGCAUGCUUCGCCUUCAUUGGUCUGACGUCUUCUUCUCGCCUGCAUGGCUGUCAGCCCCUGAGGCCGCGAGGGUCUGCCAUGCUGCUGCAUCGUCGCUACCUGGUUCCAGACCUGCCCCACCUUCGUGGAGGGAAGAGAGAGGCAUCAGACUCUGAGGAGGUUGGGAAACCAAUAGCAGUGAAGAUGAAGAAGCGAAGCUACAAGCACAUGACAGUGUUCGAGGACGAGCAGGGAUCCGAAAGCUCUUCCGACCUGGCGAGCAAACGCCAUAGAAAGCUUUCGAGAGUAUCGCAGAAACGUUCCACGGCACUGGACAAGGUGUUCAAAGACAAGAUGGAGAAAGCUGUUGUCGAGGUUGAGCAUCAGAAACUUCAGAUAGAUCCGAGGAACCUCUGUGUCUUUGAUCCUUGGACAGAAUUGGGGGAAUAUCCCCAAGAGAACGUUGAGCAGUACGAGCAGCUGCUGGAGAGCAAAGCAAAGAAUGCAAUCAAUGUGCUUGUUCAGCACCUCCAAUCUCUUCCUCCUGUUGUUGAGCACCUAAAGAACAACGAAACGCAGCUGCAUGUUAGCCUUCCGAAACCCAAGGAGCUUCUCCCCAGUGUCUACGAGAUUGUCAAGAAGAAGCAGACCAAGUGGGAGCGAUUCGCACAGGCCAAGGGGAUCAAGAAGAGGAAGAAGACGCGAGCAGAGCGCAUGGAGACGAUGAGAUUGAAACGAGCAAAACUGCAUGAGAUCGGACCAGACGGCAAGCCCAUCCCCAUCGAGGAGACCCUUCGGAAGCUGCAAGACAAGAAGAAGAGAGAGAAGAGAAGGCGAAUGAGGGAGAUCAAGAACUUCAAUGUGAAGAAGCGCAAGAGAGGAUUGAAGCCGGGCUACGAGAAAGGAGACGUCAAGAGGACCGGGACGCGAGGAAAGGUCCCUCUCAAAAGGUCCUUCAAGCGACAAUCUGCUCGAAGGAGAAAGUCGGGUCGUUAA